CCUCUGACUGCGGCGUUAUGGCUUUGCACACUGAGGACUACACUUCCCAGCGGCGCCCGGGACUGGAGUAUAAAUUCCUAGCGGAAAGUUCUGCAUCCAGCAGAACCUGGACUGUGAGGCGCCAAUGCUUGAACCGCCCAGCUCUCUGGGAGGACUCCUAGUUCCAGGCGUGGUGGGAAGUUGUGUUCUUCGGGUCCAGCGCUGAGAGCACGGCUCCCUGUGGAGAGGACUCUGAACAGUCGGCUUCCGGCUUUUAGUUACAGUUCCUUGAGGCCUCUGGGCAUCUCCUAGGACGGUGGCAAACAAGUUAACUUCGGGGUCCUGGGACACUCUGGUGGAGGACCGCCCCGCCCUUUCCCAAACUGUGGGUUACAAAUCCCAGAAGCCUCCACAGUCCGUAACCUGUUCUCAAUUCCCAGCAGCCACCUAUUUUUGCUGUCCGGACCUGUCGGUUCGCCCAGGUCCUCAGAGAAAGCUCAGGCGCACUGAGCUAUCAAAACUGAGCUGCAUCGAAGGCAUGGAAUGAGACGGCAAAGAAGACUGUCGAGCCGGCCAGACCCUAGCUGGAAUUUUGCUCUUCUGGACUACAUUUCCCUGACGGCCUCGCGGCAUGAGCCAUUUCCAGCUAGACUUGGCUGGCCGGUGGUGAGUUUAAAGGAGUUCGGACACAAAGCGUAGGUGUGUCCUGGGCGGCCUAGCUCACUAAUUUGCUGCGGAUCCGAAGAGACUGGCGUGCGAAGACUACGGAAAAGUGGACAUUAAGGACCCCUGGGGCGGGACAGGAAUCAGAACUGGAGAAGAACUGCUGUGCAUCAGAAGUCAUGGCGGAGGGCUUGAAGUUCAAAGAUGUGGCCAUUUUCUUCUCUCAAAAGGAGUGGGAAUGCUUGCACUCUGCUCAGAAGGAUUUAUACCGAGCUGUAAUGUUGGAAAAUUAUAACAACUUGAUCUUACUGGGACUUUCUGAUUCUAAGCCGGAUGUGAUCUCCUUAUUGGAACAGGGGAAGGAGCCCUGGAUUGUUAAAAGGAAGGAGACAAAAGAGUGGUGCCCAGAUUGGGAAUCCAGAAGAGAAACCAGGAAUUUAUCUCCAAAGGAGGGCUGUUGUGAAAUGAAAUCAUUGCAACCAGAGAUAAAAACACCUAUAAGGUCUAACCUUGUGUGCGUUAGGGUCAGAGAUAAUAGUGAAAUCAAAUGCUAUCUGGAGACACAACAGGAUGGACAUUUCAAACCAGCUCUAAUAACCUCUGAAGAAAUGUCUGUUUUCAUUCAAAGCACAGUUUAUAGAGUACCUCAGAUAAUUCACACUGGGAGGAAGUCAUGUGAAUACAAGGAAUGUAAGGAAAUUUUCACGUACCAAUCAGACCACAUUCAACAUGAAAGCAGUCAUAAUAAGGAAAAAAACUCUCAAUGCAGAGAAUGUGGAAAAGCCUUAAAUAGUAGGUCAGACUUGAAUAAGUGUCAGAGAAUUCAUGAAAGAAAAGAAAGUAAUGAAAGUAAUAAACAUGCCUUUAUACAUGAUUCUGAAAUUACUGAACCUCAGAGCAUUAAUACUGGUGAGAAGGUUCUUAAAUGUAAAGAAUGUGGGAAAACCUUUCCUUCUAGCUCACAGCUUAUUAAACAUCAAAGGAUUCAUAUUGGUGAGAAACCCUAUGAAUGUAAGGAGUGUGAGAAGGCCUUUCCAACUACUUCACAACUUAAUUUACAUCAGAGAAUUCAUACAGGUGAGAGAUACUAUGAAUGUAAGGAAUGUGGAAAAGCUUUCACCCGUCCCUCACACCUUUUCCGACAUCAGAGGAUCCACACUGGUGAGAAACCCCAUAAAUGCAAAGAAUGUGGUAAAGCUUUUCGUUAUGACACACAACUUAGUCUUCAUCAAAUAAUUCAUACUGGUGAAAGACGCUAUGAAUGUAAGGAAUGUAGAAAGGUAUAUAGCUGUGCCUCACAACUGAGUCUACAUCAAAGAAUUCAUACUGGUGAGAAACCUCAUAAAUGUAAGGAAUGUGGGAAAGCUUUUAUCUCUUAUUCACAUCUUAUUCGACAUCAGAGUGUUCAUACUGGUGAUAAACCAUACAAAUGUAAGGAAUGUGAGAAGUCCUUUCGUCGUGGCUCAGAACUUACUCGACAUCAAAGAGCUCACACUGGUGAGAAACCCUAUAAAUGUAGGGAAUGUGAAAUGACCUUCACUUGUAGCACAGAACUUAUUCGACAUCAAAAAAUUCACACUGGUGAGAGACCCCAUAAAUGUAAGGAAUGUAAAAAAUCUUUUAUUCGAAGGUUAGAACUUACUCAUCAUGAGAGAACUCAUAAUGGUGAAAAACCAUAUGAGUGUAAGGAAUGUGGAAAGGCCUUUGGUCGUGGCUCAGAACUUAGUCGACACCAGAAAAUUCACACUGGUGAGAAACCUUUUGAAUGUAAGCAUUGUGGAAAAGCCUUUAUUCGUGGCUCACACCUUAGUCAACAUCAAAAAAUUCAUGCAGGACAGAGGAAUGAAUGAAGGUAUGUGAAUAUUCAGAAUUUAAUUGACAUCUGAAAUUCUUACUAGGAAAAUAGAAACAAACAAACCCCUACAAUUAUAAGGAAAGUGGGGAAGUAUUUAAGGAUAACAGCUUAAUGUCAAGAGUUUGUACUGUUAAUGUAAAGUGUUUAAGGGCCAGAAUGUUAGGAAUUGGGAGGGUUUAUUUGUGUUUCAGAAUCCCUUUGCUAACAGAGAUCAAUUGGUAAAAAAAACCUCUAUGAAUGCAAG